AGGCUCUGGCAGACCAGCAUGUUGCAGAAAGUUUGACCUGUCAGGCUGAAACGAGCUCCUGAUGCUGAACGCAGACAUGUCAUACGGAGAUACUGGGAUCACUGGGAGAGAGCGAUACACUGAAGCUACAGUUUGCAGAAUCAGGAGUACCAGAGGCUCUGUCAGAGAUGAUCCGGGCUCUGCAGGGGGGAUCUGACCCUCAUGAUCUCUGCAGCAUCAAGAUCGCCUCCAACCUCAUUGUGUCUCUGCUUCUAGGAGAUGACUCCAUGCAGAAAUGCUUUGGCGAGGGGUCAGGUCUGGUGUAUCAGGAUGUCCUGUCGUGGCUGCAGAGCUCAAACACUCAGCUGCAGCUCUCAGGAGCUCUCGCCAUCGCCAACUUCGCCAGAAACGACAGUAACUGUGUGAAGAUGCUUGACCUCGGCGUGGUUCCCCACAUCCUGACCCUGUUGGAGAAACAUGUUGAUGAAGGAGACGUGUCUGUUCAACAUGCCGGACUGAGCGCGCUCCGAAACCUCGCCAUCCCUGCCUCGAACAAAGUGAGGAUGUUGGAGGACGGAGUCACUGAGAGGAUAAAGACGCUGCUGCGCUCUGAUAUGCCUCCAGUGCAGUUCAAACUUCUGGGGACGUUACGCAUGAUGGUGGAUGGGCAAGAGGAGGCGGCGUUGGUUCUUGGCAGAGACUCAGUGCUGCUUGCUCGGGUCAUGGAGUGGUGUGAAGCCAAAGACCACGCAGGAGUCAGAGGAGAAGCUAGCCGCCUGCUCGCCGCUCUGAUCAGACACAGCCGCAGCGCCGAAGUCGUGAGUGCUGUUGCCAAAGCAGAUGGGGUUCGACAUCUAAUCUCCAUGGCAACAAGUGAGCAUGUAAUCAUGCAGAACGAGGCCCUGGUUGCCAUGGCAAUAGCCUCUGCCAUUGACAUAGACUCGAUGAAGGAUGCGUUCAGGGACGCUGAGUUGUUGCCUCUCUUGAAGAAGAUGUUGGAGGAUCCAGUUGGAGCAGUUGAAGUGAAGUUCAGUGCUUUAGGUCUCAUCUGCAGCCUGGCUAACUGCAGUGCCAUGAAGGAAGAGCUGAACUCUGUGAACAUGAAGGACAGUCUCAGUAAACUAACAGAUCACAGCAGCAGUAAACUUUCCUCCCAGGCCAGCUCCAUACUAGCCAUUCUCUGUGACUCCAGUUAAACCAGUACAAAGCAUCAAAGAAUCCCAUCUUCAGUUUGGAUUUAUUUAUUUAGUGACAAACUUUGAUGAAAAUGAUCAAAAUGCACAGACUACAUUAAGUAUUGAAUUGUCUUAAAAAAUGUCACAAAUUUUUGGGCAAUAAUCGCUAACUAAUGACUAGCAGCACUGCAUUCCUCUUGAGCUUUCAGCCUCAUCUCAUGAGCUUCAUCAGUGGGCGGAGUUUGCUUGGUUGUCAUGGAUAUAAUUAGUUAAGAGACAAAAGCAGAUCAGUGUUAAAAGACAGGAUUUCUACAAAGUAAAUUUGAAAAAUCUGACGACGGAGUAACUGAAUCAAAUAUUACAUUUCUCUACACAAAGCAUACCAUUUUAAUUAAAAUGUUUUCAAUGAUUUUAAACUUUAAUGACUGCAGUCACAAAUAAGACCACCGGCUAGGAUUGUAGAUAAAGGCUGAAUGUAAAAUGCUUUGAGCUUCUCAUUACAGUUUUAAAUCAAAGUUGUAAAUUAUACUUAUAUGAAAGACCGAGGCUGAAGCGGGUCCAGAUGACCAAAGACUUCACAACUAACACCAUCAGAUCAUUUUAAACUGUCCAGGUUUUGAUUCAUCACGGGCGCUUUGUUUAAAAGAAGCAGCAAGCAAUAAAUCUGAUUUGAAUUACUGGUAAACUGGCGUAUUUAUGGUGCAUUAAAUGCAGUGUCUCAAAGUUAAGAGUCUUUAUCCAAGUUGAACUGAACAAAGUCGGAAAUUUAAUGUUAAUAAUAUCUGUUUCAUGUCACUGUGGUGAGCAUUAAUUUAUCCUAUGACUGUUUCAACCAAAUGUUUGUCAGUCUAGCCUGAAGGUGUCAGACUGAAGCACAGUUACAAGCAAUUAUCUCACCUGUGGUGUAGUGUAGGUUAGAAAGAAUCACAUGUUUAUGACGGGUGUAAGUAUACAUUGAGUGAGGUGUUGCAGUGGUGAAACAUUAGAAUACAUGGUUAAAAAAAAGACUGUUAAACUUCAAUAAAUAAUGUUGUCAAUGUAGCCAAAGAGAGGGUGAUUAGUUAUCACUGGGGACUUAAUAUGGUCUUCAAACAUUAAUAUUGGAUUUAUGCUCCUCUUGCCUGAAGUUGUCUGCAAUAAUGAAAAAUAAGCAUGUUAAUGAUCAUGAGGAAGGUGAGUUAGCAGGAGCUUAAUUAUUUCAAGACACUCUCUUAAAAAGCUUAGCAAUGGCUCAGAGUGAUGGUGACCUUAUCAAGAAGGUUUCGCCAUGUUUGAAUAAGAGUCUUCAUGAUUAAAUCAAUGAUAUCUGACAAAUGACUUCACAUAUACAAUACAGCAAUGAUUACCAACUGAUUUAAGUUUAAUCUUAAAAUUCAGAAACUUUUGAGAAGAGAAAACUCCUGAUUUAGUUUUUAAGGCAAACUUACUUAACAAAAACAAGAUGUCAGUCUGACUGAGGAAUCUUAUCUAAGGACAAUUUGAGGGCGCCACAAGCUGAGCUGCUACCAUUAAUACAUUUGUACAUACUGUACAGUACACCCUAAAUCUAAUACAGUUCAUGUACGAUCGUUGAAGUUAUUCAGUGUCUAUUUACAGAUGGGUAAUCAGAAAUAAGGGUGAAAAAUAGCAUGUGUGUUCUUUAAAACAAAACGUGAAUGAUGUGAAAACAGGUGUCCUAAUGUUCAUAUGAUAUCUGUAUUAAAAUAUAUUCUACAAAUAUCACUUAAUAUUUAUAUUUGACAUUUUGUUGUCUUUGUUUUUCAGAGAGCAGAAUAAAGUUAUGCAACUUCUUCCCC